AUGACCAAGGCGAUGAGCAUGGCCAAGGUGAUGAAGAUGGAUCCGAAGGCUUCGCAACUCUUGCAGAACAUGAUGAGCAGGGAGCUGGCGAACCUCGGCAAGAAGGAGUACAUCAAGUCGGUCGACUACGAGCAGCAGCUCAUGCAGAUGUUCAAGGCGAAGGAGGUCGGGCUCACAGGCGACGACAAGAAGUUGUGGGACCUCCUCGACGAAGCUCGCGCGACGGGCUUCAUGUUCAACAAGAGGACCGCCCUCGGCAGCAGGUUCGAGCGCUGGAUGAAGAAGCACUGGACGCAGGAGGCGCAGAAGCAGCACGAGCAGGCCUCCUCGACUUUCAAGCAGGCCAAGCGCCAGGACUGGGCCAAGGAGCGGUUCGAGUCGAUUGAGAAGACGAGGAAGAUGAUCGAGGAGCACGUGGAGUCCGAGCAGCUGAUCGGCAAGCCGAUGAACCUCGACCAGCUGAUCAUAGAUCAGGGAGGAUUCGACAGGCCGAGUGCUGUGCAGGGAGCGCUCAACAUAGCGAUGACAAUGAUACGCAAGGGACCGCCGUUCGUUUCGAUCAACCCAGACUCAUCGAGAAUCGAGUUCUGCAGGCGGGUGAAGAAGACCGUGCUCGACAAGCGCAAGAACUACCAGAACAUCACGACGGAGUCCAACUUCAAGAAGGCCAGAACGGGGACGUCAUCGGGAUCGGCUGACGAAGGCUCCGCACCUGCCGUGGCCGCACCUGCCGAUGGAGAUGGAUCUGUCGAGACGCCUGCGGCACGCGGCAUGCAAGCGGUCGAGGAGACACCGAUCAAGGACACGGACAAGGACAAGGAGAAGGACAAGGCUGCGAGGGUGAAGGCCAAGGCGAAGCCGAAACCUGCACCAGGCAAGCACAGCAAGCGGGGCGAGAAGCCAAAAACACCAGAGGGAAAGGCCCUGAUCAAGAAGAUCCAGGAGACGGUCAACCUCUACGCGACUAGCACCAG